GAAGGCUGCAGGUUCGCGGGGCCGCCUGACUGAGCCGAACGAGGGAAAUGGUCCCCGGCCCGCCGCUCGCCGCUUGAGGACGGGCCGCCCUGGCAGAGGGGCAGGCCAGCCGCGGCGCGGGGCGCCGGCCAGAAGGGGUGCAUUGUCGUCCUGUCUUGCUGCUGAAUGUCGGUUCCAGAGGAUGAGGAGAGGCUUUUGCCGCUCGCCCAGAGAUGGCCCCGGGCGAGCAAGUUCCUUCUGUCGGGCUGCGCGGCUACCGUGGCCGAGCUAGCAACCUUUCCCCUCGAUCUCACAAAAACUCGACUCCAAAUGCAAGGAGAAGCGGCUCUUGCUCGGUUGGGAGACGGUGCAAGAGAGUCGGCUCCCUAUAGGGGCAUGGUGCGCACAGCCCUAGGGAUUGUUCAAGAAGAAGGCUUCCUAAAGCUUUGGCAAGGAGUGACACCUGCCAUUUACAGACACGUAGUGUACUCUGGAGGGCGCAUGGUCACUUACGAACAUCUCCGUGAAGUUGUGUUUGGCAAAAGUGAAGAUAAGCAUUAUCCUCUUUGGAAGUCAGUGAUUGGAGGUAUGAUGGCUGGUGUUGUUGGCCAAUUUUUAGCCAACCCAACUGAUCUAGUGAAGGUUCAGAUGCAAAUGGAAGGAAAAAGGAAACUUGAAGGGAAGCCUUUGCGAUUUCGUGGUGUGCAUCAUGCAUUUGCAAAAAUCUUAUCUGAAGGAGGAAUACGUGGGCUUUGGGCAGGCUGGGUACCCAAUAUACAAAGAGCAGCACUGGUGAAUAUGGGAGAUUUAACCACUUAUGAUACAGUGAAACACUAUUUGGUACUGAAUACACCACUUGAGGACAAUAUCACGACUCAUGGUUUAUCAAGUUUAUGUUCUGGCCUGGUAGCUUCUAUUCUGGGAACACCUGCUGAUGUCAUCAAAAGCCGAAUAAUGAAUCAACCACGAGAUAAACAAGGAAGGGGACUUUUGUAUAAAUCAUCAACUGACUGCUUGAUUCAGGCUGUUCAAGGAGAAGGAUUCAUGAGUCUAUAUAAAGGCUUUUUACCAUCUUGGCUGAGAAUGGUAACGUCAGGUUUUUCCUUUGUUUUUGUUUUCUUUGUACUUAAAUUGCUUUUAAUCUGUAAAUAUUUUCCCCUUUCUCUUUUGGUUUUUAGCAUGGCUCUGCCCCCAAACCACAAUUCUUUCUCUUUUUUAUAUCUUUUUUUGUUUUCUUUUUACCUCUCCUCAGAGUCCUGUUACCUUUCUUGGUAGAAUAAAGUAAAAUAAUUCAGUUACAUCCAGAAAUAAAUAAGUUGAUAUUCUCUUGUUAUAAAGCCAGAGGAGAGGGUUUUUCUGCAAUUUAAAAACCUUUAGUGGUCUGUUUAGUCAAAGUACUGUAGUUUGGGACAGGUAUAAAGAUUUUAUGCUAGAAACCAUUCCUAUGGAAAUGUUACUGUUUCAAACAAAUUUUUGUUACUUUGAUGGCAAAUGUUGCAUUAUCCAUUAACACUUAUCACCACAAAGCUCUGCUUAGUAAGAAAGCCUUAUGUCAUUUUUAUUAGGUUUGGAUGUUAUUUUUAUGGUGGUGAACAAAGAUGUAGUGUGAGACUUAUUCAAGGAACAACAUAUAUAAUAAACACAGGGUACUCAAGGAUUUUGUAAGUUGGAACAUAUUUGCAAGACUGAGUCGUGCAUUUAGAAAUUCAAACAAUCAAUACUUUACACAGUAUGAUAAUAUUAAUUGAGCACCUACUCCAUGCAAAGCCCUGUACUCAAGGCCUGGUUUGGAGGGAUGAACAGAAGAGUCUCACCCCCUGCUCUAGUGCCAGAGCUGCUGGUUUGAUAAGGCCAAACACUGAAUAAAAAACUGAAAGUGAUGAGUGGUAGAGGAAAAGUGCAAGGUGCUAUGGCAAUAUAUAGCAAGGGCAUACAGCCUAGGCCUGGAGAUUAAGAAUACCUCCAUGGACAAUGGACUUUAGAAUUGAGUUUUAAAGAAUGGGUAGGACUUAGCCAGGUAAAAAAGAGCAGAAAAAACAUUCUAGGUAGAGGGAAUCAUUGGAAUGGACAGAGAACAUGAGGAGUUUGAGGAACUGAAGGAAACCCAGCCGGCCGAGGCAUGAAGACAUGGAGGAGAGAGGUACAAGGUGAGGCCAGAGAGAGGCAGAGAUCAGUGUGGGAAGGGUCAUAGGACCCAUAAGAGUGAGGGGCACCGGCUUGAUGAUACGUGUAUUUUUAAAAAGAUCAUUCCAGCUGCCAUGUGGAUUAGAGAAAGGCCAGGAACAGUAGUAGAUGAGACAUAAUGAUAGUGCGGACUAGAGUACCACAAUGGGGAAAGAAAAAGAUAGAUCUACAAAAUAAUUUAGGAGAAAGCAAGGAGCUGGAAGCAUGACAAGCAUGACUGGGUGAGGAGGGGAAAAUGGUCAAAGAAGGCAAGAAAAGCUGGGUUUCAUUCCCAGAUUCCCAACCUGAGCAACAGAUGAUGUAAUAUCCUAACACGGAGAUCAUUUGUAGGGAUGAUUUCAUGGUAGAAUAACAAGUUUAACUCUAGAUUUGUUAAGUUUUGAAUACUCAUAGGAUAUCUAAGAACAGAGGUUUAGAUAACUAGCUUCGUAUAUUGAUCUGGAUCUUACAGAAAAUAUGGGGAUGGAGAUUUAGAGGGGAGCACUGUCUACAUAUAGAUGGGAAUUGAAGCUCUGAGAAUAAGUGACAUCACCAAGCAAUAGUAGGUAUCUAUUAACAUAGAUUUAAUAGCCAAAGCCCUGGGCAAUAGCUGGUCCAAAAGUGUACCCAAAUGUAAAACCUUAU